CCUGAGCCGGGAGGGAUGAGCUGCUAGACUGAGCAGGUAGUGAGCGGCGCUUCUCCUGUGUCUACACAGUGUACGGGAGCCGAGGACCGGCCAUGUCUGUCACCUCACACGAGCUGAGGCCGGGGCUGAGCUAUGGAAACUAAUUCACACUGGCCGCGGAUGUAAGAGACCGCAGGAGGCUGCCAGCACUUCUAAUCUCUGGAGACUCCAUUAUCGGGGCUGGAUCUAUAGGCGACACCAUGGAACCUGUCACCAAGUGGACGCCGGGGCAAGUGGUGGACUGGAUGAGGGGACUUGAUGACUCCUUACAGGUUUAUGUUCCCAGUGUAGAAAGGGAGAAGAUUAAUGGUGAACAGCUCCUAAAGAUAUCUCAUCAGGAUCUGGAAGAACUUGGAGUGACACGAAUUGGUCAUCAGGAACUUGUUCUCGAGGCUGUUGAUCUUCUCUGUGCCUUGAAUUAUGGUGUGGAAACUGACAAUAUGAAAAACUUGGUGCUAAAACUCAGAUCAGCUUCCAACAACCUUGAGAAUUAUAUUGGCAACAGGAGGAAAAGUACAACUUAUGAUGGGACUACUUCAUAUAAACCUCCCAAUGAGUUCCUUACAUCGGUGGUAGAACUGAUAGGCUCAGCCAAAGCCCUAUUAGCGUGGCUGGACAGGACGACAUUUACUGGAAUCACUGACUUCUCGACAACAAAGAACAAAAUCAUUCAGCUUUGUCUGGACUUGACAACCACGGUUCAGAAGGAAUCCACAGUUGCUGAAAUGGAAGAUUCAGUUCUAGAUGUUUCCAAAGUUCUAAAUGGGAUAUGUGACAAAACAUAUAAAUUUACCACAGACCCUUUAACAAGUCAAAGUGCUUGUCUGGAGGAAGUCAUCCUAACUAAUAUUAGACCUGGGGAAGGGCUGGGAAUGUAUAUCAAAUCCACAUAUGAUGGGCUGCAUGUCAUUACAGGAACUACAGAAAAUUCACCAGCUGAUGUCUCCCGGAAGAUUCACGCAGGUGAUGAAGUGAUACAAGUUAGCCACCAGACAGUGGUUGGAUGGCAAUUAAGAAAUCUUGUAGCAAGACUGAGAGAUAACUCUGGCGAAGUUACCCUGGUUCUGAAAAAGAGACCUACAGGAACCUUCAAUUUCACUCCUGCUCCUUUGAAAAACUUGAGAUGGAGACCUCCUCUUGUGCAGACAAGCCCACCACCUACUACAAUACAGUCUCCUGAAAGCACAUUGGAUACCUCACUAAAGAAAGAGAAGCCAGCAAUUCUUGAUCUUUACAUUCCUCCACCACCAAGAUUCCCUUACUCCCCAAGAGACGAGAAGAUGAGUUUCAGUUACAGUGGUUACAGAGAAUCACAUCCACCAUCCAAAGGUUCUGAAUCUCCAAACUCUUUCCUUGAUCAGGAAAGUCGAAGGAGAAGGUUUACUAUUGCAGACUCUGAUCAGUUGCCCUCAUAUCCCAUUGAAGUGCAUGUACAGCCAGCUAAAUUAAGAGACAAAACUCCAAUGUAUGGUAAGCCACGUCCUCUAUCUAUGCCUGCUGAAGCAAGCUGGAUUGUCUCUACAGAAUCAUAUUCAAGGCAUAGACUGACAGGGAGAAAAGGUGAUGAAGCACUUUCCAGGUAUUUCAGUAAUGAAAGGAUAGCACCAAUCAUAGAAGAAAAUGUAUCAUCUCGAAAUUAUUUUACCAGAUCAACUGAGAGGCAUUUAAUCAGAGGAACAGACUAUAUUAGGGGCAGCCGUGGUCUUCUGAACAUGGACUUACACAAUAGUGCAACAAUGCCAUACCAGGAGGAAGGUUCCAGGAAACAUACAACCGCUUCAUCUUCAAAAAAUACCACAACGGAGCCCUCGCUACUGGUCAGUUGGUUUACCAAACUAAAACUCUUGAGUCGCUGACUUUGUUACUAUAAACAUUUACCCUUCAAGUGCCUUUGCCCGUAUAAUGGCAGUAUUAUGUGAAGCUGGUUCUACAGUGGGAUUCACCUUCCUCAGCUUGCUUAAACUUCCAGACUGGCAUGAAGAUAUGACGAUGCCACAAAUAAUUUAUCAAGCAAUAAAAAUACUUUGAAAUCACACAUAUUCUACCUAUGGAAAUUAUAUUUGCCUCUUGGAUUUUGUUCUGUUUUUUUUUUUUUUUUGUACUUUCUUAUACAACUCUGUCGAAGUAAUGCAACAUGUGCGUGUAAAUUUUACUCAAGUUUUUGUGCAACUACUUUUUUUUUUUUUUUUUAGAACUGUUAAAAAAAAGUAAUUUAUUAAAAUCAGCCAACUUUUUAUUCAUUUUGCUGUUUACCAAAGGAUCAUUUAUUUUAUACUGAUUUUAGGAUGCUUUCUUCGUAUUCUGUAUUACAGGUUAAACGUUACACUUUCCUAAAUUAUUUAAGCAAUAUGAAAGGAAAAAGCAUUUCACAUUUGUUCUUUAUUGUAUAAAUGAAGGUUGACUUUCUGUAUAUAUCAACAGGGCAGGUAAGCUCCAUGGAUGUGAUAUGCAGGGAUUUGCCUUUUGUCAUUUUAUGCAUCUUUAUUGUUUACAAGACACAGUGACAACAUAAAGAUAACUUGUGACCUCUCCUGACCUUCCUAUUUCAGUAAGUACUGGUAUUUUUCAUUAAAUAACAAUUCUGAAACAUCUUUUCUUAGAACUCUUUUUUGUGCCACUCCUCUAUUAAUCCUUUGAAGGCUGACAAUUGGGUGUUACCACUACUCUCAUCAAAAGGGUGUAUCUAUAGGUAUUGUGACUGUCAGCAAUGAUUGGACAGUCAAACAUUGUAGGGACAAACCCGUUGUCAGUUUAUUCAUAAAUUUGUAGGGGGCAUAGCAGAAGAAGAGCACAACAUAGAGUAUAAAAAGAAGCCACAGAGUUAUUAUUUUAUGAGGAGUACAGUUAUUUACUGAAGCAUGGUAGAAGAGGUGCAAGUGCUCUUUAAAGGAGCUUUCUUACUUUCAACAUUGAAUAUGUUUGACUAUUGAGUUCUGUCUACUGUGACCCUUGCUGAUCACUAAAGUGAAGUAACAGUGACACUAGAAAGUGCUGUGCUCCUUCAGCUUUUGUCAUCUCAAUACAGAGCCUACAGGAGCUAAAGGCUUUAAGCACUUUGUAAAAUCAUACAUUGUCUCUUUAUAGUGUACCUACUAUUACAAUUUUUUAUACCAAAAAACAAUCUUCUGUUCCCUUAUACUCCUAUAUUAUAAUCCUGGCUAUCUGUUGCUGCCAUUAGGGAAUAGCUCUUGUUUUGCCCAAAACAGCUUAGGACCCCCAGAUGAGUUGAGAUUUUGUGUGCUAAGUCUCCUCUUCUUGUUGGUAAAGGUGAAUACAUUUUAAAUGGUGUUUUAGCGAAGUUUUAAAUAAGUAAGGUUAAAUAUGUUUUAUGAGCAAGCGGUGUACAUCAACUUAUAUUUGAUGUGCUGACAUUAAAAGAGCCUAUUCACAAUUUCUGGACAGUACAUGUAAGUUACUGAUAUAAAGGUGCCUUAUAAAUGAAAACUCUUGGAAAGAAAAAAAAUACAUACAGGUUGCCUCUUCUGCUCUUUUGUAUUAAAACUGUUGUGUUUCUACACCUUCCCUUUAGAUAUGUGUGAAGAUCCUUCCCUUCUGCUUCCUGCUCUUUCUAUGCUAUACAAAGUUUAUUGCACUUAUUUGCCAAGCAGUUGUUUCAAGUGGUAAAGAUGUAAAGUGAAGGGGGGACAGGAAGAAGAAGGGAUGACCUGUUGGUGGCUGCCUGUGUAGUUCCAAGAAAUGCUCCAGCCUAUGCAAAAUGCCUUUAACUAGAGACAAUGAGAAAGAACAUUUACGUUUUGAUGAGAUUAGAGUGCCUUCACGCAGCAUCACUUGGUGUGUUAAAUAUGUCCAUGGCAUAGCCGUAUACAUACUAGCACAAACAUUGAAAAUGUCUCCAUAUAUAUGUCUGAACGACCCCUUAGCAGUGACAAGGCAAGACUUGUCUAGCAGAAUGUACAGGAUAUUUUAGAAGCUCUGCAUUGUAUGUAUCAUUGUUUAGUAUAUCUGUUAAAAUGUA